AUGUCUGAAUGGUUUGACUUCUCCGUGGAAAUAGAGAGUAUGAAAGAAGUACAAUUUACUGUGUAUGACGGAUAUGUUGACAGAUGUACCGGCACCAGGGCAGACUGUAGCCGGGCAUUUCUGACUGCAGUCCCGCCAGACCUUCCCUACAACACCGCAGAACUCAUCCUCCGGAACAACCGCAUCUCCAACAUCAACGACGAGACACUCCAAAACCUGAAGAACCUCUCAUCCCUAGAUCUGCAGGACAACCUCCUCAGUGUAGUACUCUCCGACUCACUACCCCGUAAUUUACAGAAGCUAAAUCUAGCAGAGAAUGCCUUCCAAUGCUCUGAACAGGCUUCUAUCAACCUAACAUCUCUUCAGAACCUCAAAGAGCUCGAUUUGUCUCAUAACAACAUAGAACUCUGUAUCCCAGGCAAUCUUCCUGUUGGCCUUGAAGUACUUCGUUUGAACAGGGUAGCUUAUAAUGGCAACUUAACUCUUAGUCCUCGUCAGUUUGAACAUCUACCUGCUCUACGGCUUCUCUCCCUCGAGGAUAAUAAUGUGGUAGAAUUUCCUGGUGAAGCCAUUGGAAAGCUGUCAGCUCUAACAGAGCUAUCCUUGGCGAGAAAUAGGCUGAGGGUUCUCAGUGACAUGGUUUUACCCAGCUUAGUUAAACUUCAGCUUUUGGAUCUAAGCUUUAAUGAUCUGGGCCAAGUUGAUACCAAGAGCUUUAGUGGUAUUGAAAAGUCUUCAUUGAUGUCACUGUCUCUUUCCGGCAAUAGAAUGAAUACUGUAGCUCCGUCCGCAUUUUCUCAAAUGCCAAAGUUGACGAAUCUUACCAUGGACCAAAAUCCAUGGAAUUGUGGUUGUGACCUGCUCCCUUUGCGAGAAUGGUUGGAAAACGCUACUGUUCGGGAGUUACUUGGAAUCGCGGAGGGGCACGUUCUGAACUGUGAGACUCCUGAUGACCUGAAAGGCCAAAUGGUGAGUAAAGUCCCCCUGCAUUACUUCUGUGGGAACAGUAGUGGUAACACCACGGUGCCUCCCUCAACAACCGUACAUCAGACAACACUACCCACUAACGUCACCACAGCAAUCCCCCCAACUUUGCCGCCAGAAAACAAACUCUUCAACUUCAGUAUUGACAGCAUUUCUGAGCAAACUGUGCAACUAUCGUGGGCUUCCAACGAUCCACAUGUCGAAUUUCAGGUUUCUUGGAGCUCCGAACAUUCUUCCGUGAGGUAUAGUGGUUGGGAGAAUGGAACCUCCUUUGGUAUUAACAGUCUUACUCCAGAUACGAAAUACCACAUUUGUCUAAUGGCGGCGCUUCAAGGGGCAGUAGAGGGAAAGGAGGUAGAGUCUUCGUGUGUGUCAAUCAUAACCAUCGCUAAGCAUCAUUCUGUCACUAUGACACCAACUGGUCUGGGAUUGAUCAUUGCACUUUCCGUAUGUAUUGUGAUUGCUGGGCUGGGUUUCUUUCUUGGUCGUCGGUUCAAGUGUAGAAGAAAGAACGGUGGCUAUCACAGCAUGAAAAGUGAUGGCUAAAAUAUCUUUUUUUUAACGGUGUCGCUCAAUGCAAGGCCAAUUAUUUUUGGCCACUCCCAGGCAUAGAGCUAGAGGUACUUAAGUGAGUAUAAUGUAGUUAUGUCAGGAGAUGGCGGUGGACCUUUGUUUUGAAGCUUUGUGGAUUGUAGUCGGACGGAAAGCAUCUGUUUGGAAGAGAGUUCCAUAAUUUUGCAGUCCGGGGAAAGAAGCUGUUGUUGUAAAAUGACUUGGAGACAGGUAUGUUAACGGUGUAUUGAUGAGAACUGGAAGAGAACCUAGUGGCACGCUGAAAGGUUCUGAGCGGCGGAACAAGAAGUGCAAGUUCACCUGAACAUCGACCGGAAAAGUAUAUCAUCCAACAACCGAUUGAUAAGUGUGUCAUGUAACAUGUUGACUAGAAAAGAUAUCUUUCAUAUGCUUUGCAAACAUUUUAUUUCCUAUAAUUACCAUAAUGGUUUAUUGAAAUGAGAGGUUGUUAUUGG